AACUUAUCAGCAGACAGCAGACAAGUGUGCUUUGCCAACGGUUUAUUUUCAUUCUCCUGGAUCUGUGUUAUUAACAGAACGUGACAAUGUGUAAGGGGCUUGCGGCUCUACCAGCAACAUGCUUGAAAAGUGCAAAAGACAUGAAACAUCGGAUUGGUUUCCUGCUUCAGAAGCCAGACUUAAACCCUGAUCAAAGGGCAGCUAACAGUAAGGAGAAGACCCCACCAGUGAAGAGAAUUACUCCACUGGAAGUCAGAACGUGGAAGGAGUCUUUGGAAUCCCUGCUGAGUAAUGACGAUGGUCUUAGAGCAUUUGUCACCUUCCUCAAGUCAGAAUUUAGUGAGGAGAACAUUGAGUUCUGGAUGGCCUGCCAGGAAUACAAGAAAACCACUUCUGGAGAAAACCUGGCCACCAAAGCAAUCAAGAUUUAUGAGCAGUAUGUUGUAGCUGAAUCUGCAAAUGAGGUCAACCUGGACUCUGCCACCAGGGAAGAGACUAGGCAGAACUUGGAGAACCCCAGUCUGUCUUCCUUUGAUGAGGCCCAAAGGAAGAUCUUUCUCUUGAUGGAGAAGGACUCCUACAAGCGCUUCCUAAAAUCCAAGCUGUUCCUGGACAUGCUGCCGCGGCCUGUGAGCAGCAUGCCUUGUGGUAUGGAGAAGAGGGGGAGAAGGAACACUUCCGAGUUUGGCCAGGCUCUGCCUCAGUGUGCUUAGAGGGAACAGAGCUAAUACUGAGCUGCUUGCUACAAAGUAGAAAUAGGUAAAGCUGUGUAUUGCAGUGUCAGUGCAGCCUUAUGGUCAAUCACAUUUAAUGGAGAGAAAGAUUCCUUUUCACCACAUACCUCAGAGUUCAAACAUGGAUACAUCUCUGGAAGAAUCCACAGGAGUUAAGUCCACAUCAAGAACGAUAACUAAAAGAAUAACUAUCAAUAUGUAAUUUUACAGUAUGGGCAUUUGGCAAACACUCUUAUACAGAGUGCUGUACAACAAAGUGCAUGCCAGGUAACCAGUGACCAAGAAGCACGCAGAGAGACCCUAGAGGGAAGUUUAGUUUCAAGUGCUAAGAAUACAACAAAGAUAAGGUCUUGGGCCUUGUAGAUUAAUCUGUCAAUGGAUUAUAUCUAUAAACAAGUUUUUAUACAACGCAAAACACAACACGUUCCUGCUCAAGUAAGAACAAUAAACAGCUUACAUAGCCAAAUAAAAUUAACAAUAAAACCAUCCUAGGAAACACUCAUAAUAAUGACAUGCACUAUUGUGAGAAUUGAAAAUCGUUUUAAAAAUUGUUCUAACGCAAGUGGAUGGUGGGGUGCACACUAGAGCUAUAAUGACAACGACAGGGAUGAACAAAACCAUAUGAAUCACUUUCAGCUGCAUGAAUGAUAAAACACUGACAGCCAAUCACAAUCCAUCUGAAUCCAUUAAAAAUGGAAGAUGACAUAGCCGAGCAGCUAUUUAUGGAAUGUUAUCGUUCAUCAGUACGAAUGCUCUCAUCGUUAACAUUAUAGCUAUAGUUAUAGUUCUUGGUGUGGAUGGGCCUUUACACCACUCUUAUUGUCUAAUACCACAUUCUUACUGUCAGUCAUCCAUUCGGGACUGAAAUAAUCACAUUUACUGUUCUAGUCUUCAACGUGCUCAGAUAUAGCCACAGACUAAGGGUCAAUUCCAUUGAAGCAAUAAUAUGCAACUAACAAUGAUGAAACAUAAUUAAUGAUGUUUGGACAUUAUUUCUCGUUUCCUGCCAGCUGCUGUGCUGGCAGUCAAACAAAUAAUAAAGAGUACAAUUAAAUCAUUGAUAAUUUGACACAAGAGACUGAAGAAUGUUACUUUCACAUUUUUUACUAUGCUAUGUACUGUAUGCUUUGCUCUGCUUGUGACUACAGAACAUAGCUCAGCUACACUAUUGUAAAUUGUCAACAGGGUUGAACUGAGGUUGUGUUGUUACUUACAACAGAAUCAUUUGUUGUCAAAACAAUGUUAAAAUGAAGACCAACACAGCAGGAACGCUAUUAACCAUUACUCUGAAACUACCUCUCAUUUUCCCUUCUCUCCACAAGUUCCUCAUAUCCUCAGUUUUGUGCCCACACAGCACAGGAAUAUUUUAGUACAGUUCAUUUACAAAUUUAACUGGCUGUUGAUUCCAUUCACAUCUGGUUUGGUUCUCUGGAAAGCAAGAUUUUUUUUUUGUGACCUGUGCUUUUUGCAUGCAACACAAUAUGUUAAAACUGCAGAGGAUUUGUUGAAAAGCAAGUUAACCUUUCAAUGUUCUGAAUAUAACAUUGCAUGUACCUCCUCUGCAUCCAGCACAGUCCUCAAAUCUGUGGAUAUAUACACUGUUGUACACUUCACUGGUAUUGAGGAUGGAAGCCAUUCAUAUUUUUGUAAGUUCUAUAACGUCUACUUGUGAGUCCUAAUGUAAGGUAUCAAGAUAUGUGUUUGUAGCUUGAUUCCUGUUCUUUAGAGCUGUGUACUUUUAUGUAUGAGAUAUAUUACAAUAAAAUCAAAAGCCAUA